AAACCUCGUAAUUAACGCUGAUACUGUCUGUUGUUGCCAAAUGCCAGCUUUUCGUACAUUUAUAAAAUUUGAUUAGAGAUAUCAGCCGUUGUGGAUAUCAGCCACUACGGUCCCCCGUUGUGAAAUUGAGAAAUUUAGAAGUACAUAUAAUAUAAUGGACGCUAAUAAGGUAGUCCUCUACGAUUUCUUCGACAGUAACUCGGCAUGGCGCGUCCGUAAUGUGCUCUACUGGAAAUCCAUUCCCUUUGACACUGUAUCCGUGAAUCUGAUGAAAGGCGAACAGAAAUCGGAGGAAUUUGGGAAAUUAAACCCGAUUAAUACGGUGCCGGUGUUGUUCAUUGACGGACAUUACAUAACGCAAUCGGUUGCCAUUUGCGAAUAUUUAGAAGAAACCCGGCCGGAGCAUCCCAUCUUCCCAACGAAUUCCCUGGAUCGUGCACGUGUGCGACAAAUUGUGGAGAUUAUUAAUUCUUACAUGGUACCACUGCAGAAUCCGGCCACCGCUCAACGGGCGUCAAAAGAAGUGAGCGAACAAACAGCAUGGUCACUGGAAUUUUUCCAAAAAGGUUUCACCGCACUGGAGCACUUGAUAUCGAAAACCAGCGGAAAAUACUGUGUUGGCGACAUUGUAACGUUUGCGGAUAUGUGUCUGAUCGGGCUGGUUUGGCGCACGAAGCGCUUCAAUCCCGACCCGGUAAACUUCCCCAGCAUCUUCCGAAUUUAUGACGAAUUACUGAAGUUGCCGACGUUUCGGUUGGCGCAUGCCGCCAGUCAUCGCGACUGUCCACCGGGACUUAAAGAUACACUCCAUCUUCCCAUCCAUUUCCAUGACAAUCCCGGCUAGAACGGCAUACCGGCGGUACGCCUCCGCCACACCAUACCGCUCCAUGACCUCCGCGUAUUUGGAAUGCACCAGUUCGGCAACGCGAUUGGCGAAGGUGUUAUCGGCAUCCCCCGGAAGAACGCGAGGUACCGCAGGUUUCGCAACGGCGA